UUCAAAAGUGAAGAAGAAACUCAUGUCUUUUUGAGGGAUCGACUCGACAAAGAAGAGAUUAAUGAGACUCUACAAGAGGGCUUCGAAAAGAUAGAGGAUAUGAUGUAUGGUGAAGAUGAUUUGUACACAGUGUCCAUCAUCUUUUGGGUUCUCAGGAGAUACGUACGGUCACAACUUAUCUUCCGAAGGUUCAAAAUGAACAAUGGAAGUUUCAAAGACUCUCUAACGGGAGAUGCCUAG